AUGAAAUUUUUUCAAGAGCGUAUUAAGGAUAACGGUGGAAAUAUAACGAAUGACAAUUUAUUGGUGACACACGUAUUGAUAGAAGAUUCCAUGAUGGAUUCAUUCCCAUGGGUAGCAUUAAAAAAUAAUAAUAUGGAUAAAAUACAAGAAAAUAAUGGAAAAUAUUUGAAAAUAUCUUGGUUGAGCGAUUGUUUAAAAUGGAAAAAUUUAUUGGAUACGAAAAAUUAUGAAAUUAACGUAAAAGGGAUAGAAAAUAGCAGGGAUAGAAAAUGGGAAGAAAAAUUAAAUGAAAUGGAAGUUGGUGAAACGUCAUCUUUGCUGACGUCACCACCGAAAAAAAAAUCAAAAAGGAAGGAGCUGGAUUUGUUACGUUGUCACGUGAUUCCGUCAUCGUCUUCCAGUGUGAAAAAAAAUAAAAUAGUGAUUGAAGAAUUGGAAAAAUUGGAAAAUGUUUAUGACGUACGAAACGAUACAAGUCGUUGUUAUAGUUAUAAAAGGGCUAUCAGUGCAAUUAGUUUGUAUGAUAAAGAAAUCAAAACUUAUCAAGAAGCGUGUAGCAUACCAGGAAUCGGACAAAAAAUUGCAAGUGAAAUAAUGGAAGUAUUAGAAAGUGGAAAAAUAAAUAAGUUGGAAAAUUUAUUAGAUGAUGAAAAAACUAAAAUAUUGAAAAUGUUUUGUAAUGUUUGGGGAGCGGGACCCCACACGGCGGAAAUGUGGUACUCCCAAGGAAUGAGAAAUUUAAAAGAUUUAAGGAGGGGAAAAUUAACGAGGAGACAAGAGAUUGGAUUGAAAUUAUAUCGAGAUUUAUCGGAGAAAAUUCCUAGACAGGAAGUUAUUAAAAUAUUUCAAAUAAUUGAAAAAUGCGUAACGGAAAUGAAUGGUGAUGAGUCAUCGUUGGGGGUCGAACUUGUCGGUUCGUACAGGAGAGGAAAAGAAAAUUGUGGUGAUGUUGACGUCAUGAUUGUUAAUCACGAUGAUGAUGAUGAUGAUAAACGCCCGGGUGAAAUUCUUAAAAAAUUAUGGAAUUUAUUGAAAAUUCAAGGUUUUUUAACGGAUGAUCUCGUUAAUUUUAUACAAUCGGAUAAUACGGAUAAAGAAAAUAGAAAAUAUUAUGGAAUAUUUAAAUUGAAGGGAGAUGAGGAAAAGCACAGACGAUUGGAUAUUUUCGUCGUUUCCGGUAGGGAAUACGCUUCCGGUUUGUUUCACUACACCGGAUCCGCCAUGUUUAAUAGAACGGUUAAAAUUUUGGCGCGUAAAAAAAAUAUGAUAUUAACGGAACGUGGACUUUAUGCGGGAACGAUUCGAAAGGAUCCCGGAGGAUAG